UUGGCUUGCCCUUGAGUUAAUGCUCUUGCUGUCACCUUUUGACUCUUUGGCUUCCUUUUUGCUUUCCUUAGGUCAGCGUUUCUCUCCCCACCUCUUCCUUAUAGCUUCAUUUGUUCUAUUUAUGCAGGACCAACAGACCUUGGCCUUGGACACUUGUCUUUGCUCAUCUAAGAAAGAAAAUUAAUAGAAACUUUAGAGAGGAAGAAAGACCUAGCUGAAGAAAAUUUCAGAAGACUUUUUUUGUGUAAAUUAAAGCAGAGAAGUGAAAAAACAAGGUGUGAAAUGGGUAGGCCUCCUUGUUGUGAUAAAGAGGGAGUCAAGAAAGGACCAUGGACUCCUGAAGAAGACAUCUUAUUAGUCUCUUAUAUUCAAGAACAUGGUCCUGGGAAUUGGAGGGCUGUUCCUACCAAUACAGGGUUGCUUAGAUGUAGUAAGAGUUGCAGACUUAGAUGGACUAAUUAUCUCAGGCCAGGGAUCAGGCGUGGUAACUUUACUGACCAUGAGGAGAAGAUGAUAAUCCACCUUCAAGCUCUUUUGGGCAAUAGGUGGGCUGCCAUAGCUUCAUACCUCCCACAGAGAACAGAUAAUGACAUUAAAAAUUAUUGGAACACCCAUUUGAAGAAGAAGCUCAAUAAGAUUCAAUCAGGCGCGGAAGGCCAUUCAAAAGAUGGGUUUUCUUCACCAUCACAAUCAAUCACAAGAGGUCAGUGGGAGAGAAGGCUCCAAACAGAUAUCCACAGGGCCAAGCAAGCUCUUAGUGAGGCCAUUUCCCCAGAGAAGCUAAGCAACUCUGGCUUGUCUGAAUUGAAGCCCUCUACUGGGUGCUUGUCUAACACAAAGCCAGCAGCUCAAUCAUCAACCUAUGCAUCUAGCACUGACAACAUAGCCCGGUUGCUCAAAGGUUGGGUGAGAAAUUCACCAAAGUCAGCUAGGAGUAACUCAGCUAUAACUCAAAAUUCCUUAAACAACAUGAGUGGGACUGAUUCAGUAUCCAGUGAAGGGACUCCAAGUAAGGCAAUCAAUGGGAUUGAACAAUCUGAGACAUUUGAAUCUCUGCUCGCGUUUGAGUCUUUUGACUCUUCACAUUCGGAUACAUCACAGUCUAUGUCACCUGAGGCAAGCCUUUUCCAAGAUGAAAGCAAGCCUUUGCCAUUGUCAUUGCUUGAGAAUUGGUUGUUUGAUGAAGGUGCUAGUCAAGGGAAAGAAUUCCUUAGUGAUUUCUCAUUAGAUGACAAUGCUAAUUUUUUCUAAAAUGGUUGUUGUUUUGGGGCAUCUUUUUUGUUCUAGGUCCUGAACUGAUUGAAUUUAAUAGUUGCCUUGACAGAAGGAGUUUCUUAUUGCUUUAGUGCUAGAGCAAAAGUGUAAAUUUCACAUUAUUGUGUUAAAAUGUCCUGAUUGAGAAUAAAUUAAUUUCCAGUCU